GAAAAUUCGAUAAAAUGGCUAAAGACAAUUGCUAAUAGCCGUGAACAAAAAAAAAAAACAACCAGAGAGAGACGACAAGUUCUUCAAGAAAGAUCAAAUCGGUAUGAGUACUCAAGCAACAGGGACUUCUUCAACCUCAGGGAAGAGGAGCACUACUCUCCGGCGAGGACCACCUUCCAAGAAACCAGACCAAUCAGAGCACGGAAGCGUCAUCAACGGACCAAACUCACCUCAACGUCCCUCCAACGUAGAGAGAACAGUCAAAAGCCUCCGUUUAUCAAAAGCCAUAACCAUCCCCGAAGGCACCACCGUCUUCGACGCAUGUCGGAGAAUGGCAUCUCGUCGCGUCGGAGCCAUUCUCCUAACCAACUCAAGCUCCCUCCUCUCCGGUAUCUGUACCGACAAAGACAUAGCGUCAAGAGUCAUCGCCGAAGGUUUAAAACCAGACCAAACUCUCGUCUCCAAAGUCAUGACAAGGAACCCAGUCUUCGUCACCUCUGACUCCUUAGCCUUGGAAGCUCUUCAAAAAAUGGUUCAAGGGAAGUUCAGACACUUGCCUGUAGUGGAGAAUGGUGAAGUCAUUGCUAUGUUAGACAUCACAAAAUGUUUAUACGAUGCCAUAUCGAGGAUGGAGAAAGCAGCAGAGCAAGGCAGUGCCUUAGCUGCUGCUGUUGAAGGUGUUGGCGGAAUUGGUGGAGCUGGUUUCAUCGAGACGUUGAGGGAAGGAAUGUUUAAGCCUUCCUUGUCGACGAUUAUAACCGAUAGGUCAAAAGUUGUGCUUGUUUCGCCAUCCGAUUCUGUUUACAUCGCUGCGAAAAGGAUGCGUGAGUUGCGUGUUAACUCUGUGAUCAUCUCCAUGGGGAGCAAGAUCCAAGGGAUACUGACUUCUAAAGAUAUUCUAAUGAGAGUUGUUGCGCAGAAUCUUUCUCCUGACACGGUUCUUGUUGAGAAGGUUAUGACGCCGAGUCCUGAAUGUGUUUCCUUAGAGACGACGAUUCUCGAUGCGUUGCAUACGAUGCAUGAUGGAAAGUUCUUGCAUCUCCCGGUGUUGGAUAAAGACGGUUCGGUUGCGGCUUGUGUUGACGUGUUGCAGAUAACUCACGCGGCGAUUUCGAUGGUUGAGAAUAGUUCUGGAGCUGUGAACGAUGUGGCUAACACCAUGAUGCAGAAGUUUUGGGACUCGGCUCUUGCGUUGGACCCGGUUGAUCAUGAUUCAGACACUCAUAGCGAGGUGUCGGGGAUGAUUGGUGGGAAACAGAUCAGUUCUCACCAUUCUCUAGAGAUAGAGAACUCGUUUUCUUUCAAAGUGAAAGAUCUCAAGGGACGUGUGCAUCGGUUUAGUUCGGGUUAUGAGAGUCUUGAAGAGCUGAUGGGUGUUGUGAUGCAAAGAAUCGGUGUUGAUGUGAGGCCUCAGAUCGUGUAUGAGGAUGAUGAAGGUGAUAAGGUGUUGAUUACAUCGGAUAGUGAUUUGGUUGGUGCUGUUGCUGUUGCUAGGUCUACUGGACAGAAGGUGUUGAGGCUGUAUCUGGACUUCACUGAGACAACAACAACAACAAGGAGCUUGAGCUUGGAAACGGCUCAACUCAGUUCUUUGGAUGGAAAGGGAGGUGGCGGGUGGGUUACAUGGCGUGGUGGUGCGGUGGUUACUGGAGCUGUUGUGAUAACGAGCAUAGCGGUUGUUGUUUACUUGAAACGCUCAAAGAUGGGAUUCUAAUGAAGCAAAAUAACUCUUUAUAUUAUUGUAAGUUUCAUACAUACAGUUUGUCUCUUUUGUCAGUUUGGAUUUACAUGUUUUGCAGAUGCAAACACAUGUAAACCUAUUCAGAAGAUAAUAUAAGGUUUGACAGAGUUCAUGUAAAACCUCUUAAACCAAGAAAAUAAAACAAAGGAAUGUUGUUGCACUGCA